CCGCUCGGACCUCGAAUCAUUGGGUAAAACUUCGUUUCGAACAUUCUGUGCCUCGAAUGUUCUUCGAAACAAAAAGGUAGAGGAUAACUGAAGGCGGCGGAUAAGGAAAAAGAAAGAGGCGUGCGUGUGUAUUGUCGUCUGUCAUAAGCCGAUGUGAAUAAAUAACAAUGUCUCAGUGCUUUAGGAAUAUAUCCAACAAAUUCACAACUGUUAAUUCUCUGUUAAAUACGCGUAAGCACGUAACGCAAUUCGACAAGGAACUGCCGCACCGAGUGAAACCUUCAACGUUUUUGGAAGAGUUUCUAAACACAAGAAGUAUAACAAGCCGCACAGCAGAUUGUCCGAAUUAUAAACCGCAGAGUCCGGUGGCAUCGUCUUUGGAGCUUUUAAAUACUUGCGAUGCUUGGCGAGAUGCAUGCCAAAAAGAUGAGGAAGUGGAAAGAAAGAGUCAGUUUCAUGGAAAUUGCAAAACUCCAGUUUCCCUGAGUCCUAUAAUCUCUAGCACGAAGCGGUACAAAAUGUCGCCGGAUGAUGUCGUAGCAGUUGGCAAUCGUUGGAACGAUUCGAACUCGUUGAAAUAUGAAAUUGAGUCUUUAGAAAAAACUUACACAAGAUUAUCCAGUGGCAUUACAUUGCUCAAAACCAACGAAUCCAUUCUCUCAGAGUAUGAGAAAAGAAUGAUCCUUCUUUCUGACAGUAAAUUGAACCUAGAAGAAACAGGAGCGACUAAACAACAAUCUCCCAACACUGAUGGCAAGCCAAACGACGAGCAAUUACAGCAUGUUUUUAACAAUCUUCGAGAAGAGUUACCAAAAUUAUUUCAUUCUUCAAUGGACUUUACGGUAUAUCAUUCUGACUUACAGUUUGUCAACAACAUUAGAGGUACUGUAACUCGAGGUCUUGUACGCUAUGUCAAACAAGUGAUUUUAAUAAGGACAAUCGGAAAUAUGAGGUUUGCUUGUGUCAAUUUCGAAAUACUAAAAAUGACCAUCGAUCCCGAGGAUAACUCUAUAAAAGUCCGAUGGAGGAUAAGUGGACUUUCAGGAAUCAGGACUUUUAUUACGUUUUGGAAAAUAAAGUUGUGGAACAUAAAGGAAACCAUUGACCAACAGGAAAUCUGGUAUGACGGAUUCUCUACAUUUUAUGUAAAUGGUGAGGGUCUAAUUUACAAACAUGUAGCAGACAAAAUGAUGCCUGAUCGAGAUGUGACUCCAAUAACCAAAGACUCAUCUGCAGUUGCGACAAAACUAGCCCUGUUUUUGGGCUUAUUAGUGCCAGGUGAAACGAUACCUGAAAUGUACCUCUUGCGACCAUUGUCAAGACGACAUGAUUCAUUACUUAGAAAGUUCCAAGGAGAUACAGAGCAUUUAGCAACAAAUUUGUUACCGUUAGAAAAACUUAAAUAAUUUAUUACUGUAAUAAAACAUUUAAAUCUCAAAUUUGUCCAAUUUUGUUCCAGCCCUAAGAUGCUUUGAAAAUAAAAUUAUUAAAUUCGAAAUAUCACUAACGACUUCUAUGUAAUGUUGUCUAGCAUUUUAUUCAUGUGGCUGGUAGCGUCAUUUACCAAAUGUAAAACAAUGAUAACCUGACACAAUUCCGAACGAUUUUCAAUUAAAAGAGCAACUGGCGUUAUAUGAUGACAAAUUGAGUGUUUCAUUAGUAAAGACAUUAACUUCUGCUUCUAGACAGAUUUGACAAAGUAAAGCUCUAGUGAAUAGGUAACUUUUAGUUUAGUCACCGGUACACAAAAUACUUGGAACAUACAAAAGUGUAACUAAUCAGUCUGAGAUUCAAAUUUUCGAGUGAGUGAUGUUCUCAACAAUUAUCGACGAUUGAUUUGUAUCACAUACAAAUGCAGUUUGUUGUUAGAUUUUCAUUACGUAGAUUACAUAAUUUAUUAAGAAACUGUGAUGGUCAGAUGAUUGAAUGUAGUCAUUGACAAAUUAAAUCAUGAGAUAACGUUGAAUGUAAGAGAAUUUACUUGCUUGUAAAUUAAAAACGAAGCCACCGCUAAGCGUCAUCUAUAUAUAGCCCGUGAAAAAAUAAAACUAUUAUGUAUACAUA